CCAUAUGCAUUCUGCUUAUAAUUAUUUUUAUUGUUGAAGUUUCUAUCAUACUUAACUCCUUUUCUCUUCCUCAUCCAAUAUGAUCAUGACCAUUUCCAAUAACAAGUCCUCCACAAAUCUUAUUUAGUCUUUAAAUUAUAUGUAGUAGUUAUAAACUGUUUCCAUCUGCUCAGAAAAUUAUAAAACUAAUUAGUCCUUAUAGUUGUUGACCCAACUUCACGUACAACUCAAAUAUUUAAAAAUUUACCUCCUUUUAUGACUUGGUAAUGUAGAAGGCUACUUCAUACUUUGUUUAGGGAAAAUUUAAGGACUAAUUCAGAGUCUUUUAUGUAUAAAUAGGCAUACCUCUCUUGUCAUAUUGAUCACAUCUAAACAGAGAACAAUAAUAAAUUAGAUUGCUUUAGAGUUUCUAAUUAAUUGUGAGAUGGAUCCCAAGUCUUUUGCAUUAAUCAUUGCUAUAUUGGGUGUGUUGACGUCAAUAAGCCAUGCAUCUGAUCCUAGUCCUUUACAAGAUUUUUGUGUUGCUGUUAAUGACUCCAUGACUGCUGUUUUCGUGAAUGGAAAAGUAUGCAAAGAUCCAAAGGUUGUCACUGCUGACGACUUCUUCAAAUCAGGCUUAAAUGUACCUGGAAAUACUUCAAAUAACGUUGGAUCUGCGGUGACUGCUGUGAACGUCAACCAAUUACCCGGACUCAACACUUUUGGCAUUUCAUUAGUUCGUAUUGAUUAUGCACCAUAUGGUCUCAACCCUCCACACACACACCCUAGAGGAACCGAGGUGCUUACGGUCCAUGAGGGCACACUUUAUGUUGGUUUUGUCCUUUCAAACCCUGGUCCAAAUAUGAAGAACAAGCUCUUUACCAAGAUUCUACACCCUGGAGAUGUGUUUGUUUUCCCAAUAGGUCUCAUUCAUUUUCAAUUUAACGUGGGAAAGACCAAGGCAGUUGCAUUUGCUGGACUAAGUAGUCAAAAUCCAGGAACCAUCACUAUUGCAAAUGCAGUAUUUGGCUCAGAUCCACCAAUCAAUGACGAUGUCCUGGCCAAAGCAUUCCAAGUUGAUAAGAAAGUUGUGGAUUAUCUCCAAUCACAAUUUUGGUGGGACAACAACUAAUUUAAUAUAAGUCAAACUACAUUGAUCUGUAAGAGAUGUACUAAUACCAAUUGUGCUUGGUAUUUUAUUUUAAAAUCGUGAAGAAAAUUCAAGAUACAGUUAUGUUGACUGGAUUUAAUUCCGUGAUCUGUAUUAGAUGUAAUAAGCGAGAUUAUAUGUUAUUGUUUUGUUAUAAAAUAAUCAUUGCUGUUGUUUGUUGUUGGUUUA